UUGUGAGUGGCUGCGCCUGGAUAAGGGUUCAAACUUCAGGGAGGCGAAUAUGCUGCAUAAUGCAUGUAGUAAGCAAGGCCGCAGUUGUCGGAGGAUCACUUACUCUGGAGUCUGGUAUACCUACCUAAGUUUAAGGAGGGAGUCGGAACUACAAGUAGUGAGCACAGCCACGGCACAGCGCAUCAUGCAUUCGAGUCUUGCAUCAUGCAUGAACCUAGUAAAGACCUGACUCUCCUAGUCUCCUAGAUGUUACGUACCAUUCGAGUGCAAACCAGAAACAGUCGAUUGAUAUUCUGGCCUCAAAUUGAUGAACACAUUGCUAGCCCAAGAGACGGUUACUUUGAUUACCUAUUGAUGAACAAGUCUUCAAUUGUCAUCGCGGAGCCAAUGCAGCCAAUGCAGCUGUAGACGAGCUCGAGUAAAUCGAGUAUCACCUUGUCAUUUGCCAAACUUCUGAGCACGGAGCCUGCGCAAGGGCGGGGGUAUCAAAGCCACAAGGCCGAAUCAAGAAUCAAGAAAGAACAUAGUGAACAUCCCUUUCUUCAUACAAAGCGAACAACCGUCUACCGCCACACGCUAGCUUCCCGACGUUUGAAAACUAUAAGCCUAGUAAGCAGAAUGGGGAAGUCUUCUGCAACCUUGGUUGUACUGCUCGCCGUCACGCUGGUGGCGGCUGGGAGCGUGUCUGCGGUUCCGGACUCCUUGCUGUGCCCUUUUGAGCUGGGGUACAACCCAUCAUUCAGUGCCGACGGAUCCAAGCUCUUCUGCUCAAAGGGCCAGGAGAUCUUCCAGGUGGACGACGCUGGCAUCCUCGCGCGCUCGCUACGCGGCAUUGGGACCAGCGCGCAGGCGAUCGUCAACAGUUUCAUUACGGGCGAUCUGUCCGUUUUUGUACGGCUUGCUGAUCCGGCCGUCGAGAUUGCUCUACCGGACGGUCCACAUCCUCUGGACGCCGAUGUGGUUGCAUUCAUUCAGGACACGUUCACCUUUCCGCCAGGGGUUGAUAGCACAGCUGUCCUCCAGGUCUCUGACUAUCACUUCCUCAGCAACGACGACCCCCGCACGGCCACAGUCCACGUCAAGGUGUUUGCAGCCGAGUACACAAUCGAGUACGACACCCUCUGGCUUUUCAACUUGGUGAACGGCACGCGGGUCUGGCAGCUCAAGAGGACGUACAACCCCAGCCUAGAGCCCAAUUAGGAUAUUCACGUUCUGGAGAGAUUGGUCUCGUGUUUGCUCUGACGGUAUCCAACGGUAUCUGACGGUGCAACUUGUCUUGGUUUUAAAAUCUUCAGACGAAGGAUCGUUCUGCAUUUAAGAGUAAAGCAGAGGCCCUGAAGUCAUGCUUUCAUAUCAUGAAGAGACUAUCAUUUAGGGUGGAUAGACAGUUAGUAAGGCUUCCAUCGCAGCGAUUUUUAAGCCAAGCUAAUUGUUGUGCAGCUUCUGGGAGUGCCGAAACUCUGCCACCUCGUUGAGUCAGGUAGUAUAGCUAGAGGUUUGUUAGAAGACCACACAAAACGGAACUCGUUGUUUGUUUCCUGUUUGGCGUCGUGCAGACCCUUGAGUAUACAGUCACUUGAUAUUGAC